AUGCAGGAAUCGUGGUGGUCGGAUCACUACAAGAAGUCGAAUGGUUAUUUCGGAUGCGAAACAACUCGCGAUGCUGGAAAAGUGACAGGCGUCAGUAUGUACAUGUGUGCCCCACUAGCCGAGGAGACGCUGAUCGGAACAGAUACAUGGUCUUACUUCGAGGUCAAGCAAGUUCCGGAAAACAUCGAUGAUUACCGUUGGGAUAAACUCAACGUUUUUACACGAUGGAUAGCGUCUACCAAUCAGACAUUUGUGGUCGUCUUUGAUCUGGAAUCUGCUAUUCGAGGACCUGUCACAAAUUCGCUGCUAAAGCUCAACCCAUCCCAUCUGGGCAAUCCAUACUGGCCCUAUCCUGUUAUCUUGGAUACGGUCUCAAACCUCCAGGAAUCCGCAGUCUGGCGCAUUCGAGACCAGGUCCGGGCGAUCGAAAAAAACAAACCAGGGCCCGGAACAGUCCCCAGGCCCGAUUAUAGGAAAUUGCAUGACAUUGGCCGCCAUGCCAUACAUGUAUGUGAGACAUUGGAUGUUGCAGUUCAGACCAUCGAAUCUGUUCAAAUGCACUACCUUCGAUUCCUCGACUCCAAACUGGACGACGGCGAUUCCGCAGUUGACCAAGACAUCCGAGCUGGGUUAGAAUUCCAUCAAAGUUUUAUCGCAAAUCUACGCCAUCGCUCAACAUCGAAUGAAAAGCGCUUGCAGAAUGAAAUCCAACUGGCUUUCAAUACUGUCGCCCAGCACAAUGCUGGAACCUCCGUGGAAAUAGGCCGUGCGGCGCAGAUAGACAGUUCGGCUAUGAAAACCAUUGCCUUUGUCACUUUGAUUUUCCUUCCUCCGACUUUCAUAUCCUCUGUCUUCAGCAUGUCCUUUUUCCAGUGUGGGGAAAACGAUGGAUGGGGUAUGUCGAACAAGUUUUGGCUUUACUGGGUAUUUGCCAUCCCAAUCACUAUCGCCACUGUCGUCGUCUGGCAAUACUGGCACAAGCUGUUUCCGAACAAAGACUACAAGAGCCAUGUGACCAGACAGGAGGGAUCUUUAUCAAGAGCUGAAACUGUUAUGCCAAAAUUGACUGUGUAA